AUGAUUGAUAACGAACAAAGAAAGACUCUCAAGCCAGUUCCAACUGUUUUCCCAACUCAGGAAGAGUUUGACAAUCCUAUAGUUUACUUAUCCUCGCCAGAAAUCCAGAAAUUGGGUGACAAGUAUGGGAUGAUUAAGGUGAAGCCACCUUCAAGUUGGAAACCUCCAUUUUCAAUUGAUCAAAGCUCAUUUCGCUUCAAACCCAGAGUCCAAAAACUCAGCGAUCUAAGUCUUCUUAUUAGAAUUAGAACGAUAUUUAAAGAUGGUCUUGUGAAUUUCAUGAAAAUGAAAAAAAAGAAAAUUCCAAGAACAUUGUACUUUCUCUUGAGUAAUAAGGAAAAAAUGUACUACUAUGAUUUAUUUUUGAAAAUAAAUCAAUAUAUUGCUGGUAACUUCCAAGAAAUUGAUACCAAAAGAAAGAAGAAUGACACAAAUGGUAGAAACACUGUAUAUAAUGAGAUUAGAAAUUUCCCAGAAAUAUGGCAACGUUUGAAUAAGGAAGCUGGAUUGGGCCCACACUCUGAAGAAAUAGAGAAUUUCUAUUAUAAUUAUAUGAAAGAAUAUUGUAUAUUUUUGGCAAAAAAAUAUAGCACAAAGAUUGCAUCUUUUGAGAGCGAGUAUCAAUUCAACCAGAAUCCUUACAAUGACGACAGCAACGAAAGCGACCAAGAGCACUCUGAUGAAGAAGAGGAAGACUACUGGUGCCAUGCUUGUGGAGGAGAAUCAGAUGAUGCAAAGAUUUUGCUUUGCGACGGAUGUAAUGAUGGGUAUCAUAUAUAUUGUCUAAAGCCGCAGCUCAAAAGUGUUCCAAGAGGCAGCUGGUACUGUGAUGAAUGUCUAGUAGGGAGUGGCGAGUUUGGAUUUGUUACCAGUAAUACCUCAUAUUCUCUUGAAGAGUUUCAAAGAUUGAAUACUGAAUUCAAAGAAAAAUAUUUUGCGAAUAUAUUGGCAAACAAUGAUUCUUAUUUUUCUCUUUCGCGAUUAGAAGAUUUAUCUAGGACAUACUUGGACAAUGACGCUAAUGAAGACAAAUAUGUUGAUUUUUUGGAAAAUGAAUUCUGGGAAAAUUUGGUCAAUAACGAACAAUCUAAUAUGAAAGUAAAUUAUGGUGCAGAUAUUCACAAUCUUAGACCGGGUCAGAUUUCUGGCUUCCCAAUGAACUAUCCAUUCAGAGAAGAAUUACUGGAGGAUUAUUAUAUGAACCAUCCAUUUAAUCUAACAAAACUUCCAUUUGCGGAGGGAUCUUUGCUAAACCAUUUGAAUGAUAAAAUUAGUGGCAUGACAAUACCUUGGCUUUACAUCGGUUCUUUAUUUUCAACUUUUUGUUGGCAUUUGGAAGAUCAUUACAUGCUAUCAGCAAAUUAUUGUCACUAUGGUGACAUUAAAAAAUGGUAUUGCAUACCUGAGUCGAGUUGUAAUAGAUUUGAAGUGUUGAUGAAAGAAUUAGCCCCAGACUUAUUUCUAAGACAGCCUGAUUUACUCCAUCAAUUGGUCACCUUGCUAUCUCCAUAUGACAUCGUCAAAAAUGAAGUGGAAUGUUAUUACGCCAAUCAAAGGGCGGGAGAAUUCAUUAUUACUUUCCCCAAAUGCUAUCAUUCGGGCUUCAAUUGUGGAUUUAACGUUAAUGAGGCGGUGAACUUUUCCAACAAUGGCUGGUUGAAAUUUGGUAUUAAUGCUUUGGAUAAUUAUAAACUUGUCCAGAAACCUCCAGUUUUCAAUCAGAUUCAUUUGUCUUAUAGCAUCUUAUACCAUUUCUUGCACGAGGCUGAUGAAUCCGGUGAAAAAUUCAUUAGGGACAAUAAGAUUACUGAGUCGAACUAUAACUUGAUUAUAAUGUGCAUUGCUUAUCUUGAAAAGAACGCUUCUGAUUAUGUUAGAAAUUUUAAAAGCUUAAGUGAAUCUCUUCCAAAAUACAAAAAGCUUCAAUUAAAAUUCGCUCAUGAUUAUUAUGAUAGUGGGGCACUAUCUAACUCUAGUUUCAAUAUCAAAAACGCAAAGAAUUUAGAUCAGUUUUACAAUGAAUCAGCAAAUAAGGAAGGCGGUAGUAAAAUGAUGGCUGCAAUGAAUGGGAGUAUGUCAGAAGAUAUCAUGUGCGCAAAUUGUCGUGAGAUUUGUUGCAUGGCUUAUGUUGAAGUUUACGAUAAAAAGUAUACUACCUAUCCAAGUACAGGGCAGGCAGUAUUUGUGGAUGAGCAGGAAGAAACGAAGGUACAUCUUGCAACUCCUGAACCAUCGCCGAUUAAUGAUAAUAGAGCCAUAGAAUUGGAUGAUUCCGGGUCUCCAAAACGAAAACGCGGUCGUCCAUGUAAAAAGAGAAGAAAAGUUCAAACCAAUGAAAGCACUUUUGUGAAACAAAAUGUCCGAUACUACUGUAUUGAGCACUUCCAUAAACUGCAUGAGAAGCUAAGGCGAGAUUUCACAGUGUGGGUAAAGUGCGACGAUACAAAAGUGAACAAUAUUACUUCACAAUCAAAAUUGAAGUUAAAAGAAUUGAAAAUUUGUGAUUAG